CCCCCGCCCCCGGCGGUUCCUCCCCGGCGCCGGCGCGCCGCAGUCAGCUCAGAGCAGUGCCAGGGCUCGCAGCUGCGCGGCGCGCCGAGCGCUCGGGUCCCGCGGCAGGCUCCGGCUCCCCGCCCGCGCCUCUGCCGCUCUGCAAUGAGGGUUCUCGGGGGGCAUUGUGGGGCGCUGCUGGUGUGUCUCGCCCUAGUGCUUCCUGUCUCAGAGGCAAACUUUUUAACAAAGCAACAUGCUUCACAAUUCCUGGUUAGAAAACGUCGUGCAAAUUCUAUGCUUGAAGAAACCAAAAAGGGUAAUCUUGAAAGAGAAUGCAUUGAAGAAUUGUGCAACAAAGAAGAAGCCAGGGAGGUUUUUGAAAAUGACCCUGAAACGGAUUAUUUUUAUCCAAAAUAUUUAGCUUGUCUUGGCUCAUUCCGUACCAAAUUAUUUGUUGCUGCCCGCCAGUCAACUAAUGCUUACCCUGACCUCAGGAGCUGUGUCAAUGCUAUUCCAGACCAAUGCAAUCCCCUGCCAUGCAGUGAAGAGGGGUACCUUAGCUGCAAAGAUGGACAAGCUGCAUUCACAUGCAUUUGCAAACCAGGCUGGCAAGGAGAGAAGUGUGAAUCAGAUAUAAAUGAAUGCAAAGAUCCCUCAAACGUAAAUGGAGGUUGCAGCCAGAUUUGUGAUAAUACUCCUGGAAGUUACCAGUGUUCCUGUAAAAGUGGUUUUGUUAUGCUUUCAAAUGGGAAAGACUGUAAAGAUGUGGAUGAAUGCUCUGUGAAGCCAGACAUUUGUGGCACAGCUGUGUGCAAAAACACCCCUGGAGACUUUGAAUGUGAAUGCUCUGAAGGCUACAGAUUCAAUCCCACAUCAAAGGCUUGUGAAGAUGUAGAUGAAUGCUCUGAGAACAUGUGUGCUCAGCUGUGUGUUAAUUACCCUGGAGGCUACUCUUGCUAUUGUGAUGGAAAAAAAGGAUUCAGACUUGCUCAAGAUAAGAAAAGUUGUGAGACUGUUCCAGUCUGCCUUCACUUGGACCUUGACAAAAAUUAUCACUUACUUUACUUGGCAGAGCAAUUUGUAGGGGUCGUUUUAUAUUUAAAAUUUCGUUUGCCAGAAAUCACCAGAUUCUCAGCUGAAUUUGAUUUCCGGACGUAUGAUUCAGAAGGUGUAAUACUAUAUGCAGAAUCUCUUGAUCACUCAGCUUGGUUCCUGAUUGCACUUCGCCAAGGAAAGAUUGAAAUUCAAUUUAAGAAUGAAUAUACAGCCAAAAUAACAACUGGAGGCCAAGUUAUUAAUGAUGGACUCUGGAAUAUGGUGUCCGUGGAAGAGUUAGAGCACAGUGUUAGUAUCAAAAUAGCUAAGGAACCUGUGAUGAAUAUAAACAAACCUGGAAGUCUUUUUAAGCCUACAAAUGGAUUUCUGGAAACCAAAGUAUAUUUUGCAGGAUUACCUCGGAAAGUGGAAAACGCUCUCAUCAGGCCGAUUAAUCCUCGUCUAGAUGGAUGCAUUAGAGGCUGGGAUUUGAUGAAUCAGGGAGCCUCAGGAGUCAAGGAAAUUAUUCAGCAAAAGCAAAAAAAGCAUUGCCUUGUCAAUGUGGAGAAGGGCUCCUACUAUGCUGGCUCUGGAGUUGCUCAGUUUCAUAUAGAUUACAAUAACAUAUCCUAUGCUGAAGGAUGGCAAGUCAAUGUGACCUUGAAUAUCCGCCCAUCUAUAGGCACUGGUGUUAUGUUUGCCUUGGUUUCUGGUAACACAGUGCCCUUUGCCUUGUCCUUGGUGGACUCUACCUCUGAAACUUUUCAGGAUGUUCUGGUGUCUGUGGAAAAUGUUGUAGUAUACAGGAUUGAGGCGCUCAGUCUGUGUUCCAGUCAGCAAUCACAGCUGGAAUUCAGAGUCAACAGAAACCACCUGGACGUGUCCACUCCACUUACGAAAGAUGCCAUCCACUCGGAAGACCUUCAGAGACAACUUGCUGUUCUGGACAGAGCAAUGAAAGGAACAGUGACCACUUAUCUGGGUGGCCUUCCAGAUGUUCCCUUCAAUGUCACACCAGUGAAUGCCUUCUAUAAUGGGUGCAUGGAAGUGAAUAUUAAUGGUGUACAGUUGGACCUGGAUGAAGCCAUUUCUAAGCAUAAUGAUAUUAGAGCUCACUCGUGUCCAUCAGUUUGGAAUGAUACAACCAAUUCUUAAAGAAUCCGUUCUCUUCUGAUAGUGUCCUUUUCCUUCUGUGUAAUUAUAUUGUAACGCUGACAGUUUUUACU